UCUAAACCCUAAGUUUGUGACUUUUGAUAAAACAUUAAGUGUUAUUUUUAUGACUUUUGACCUUGAGUGCUAGUUUGGGAACAAAAACUUGAUUUAGUGCUAUUUUUGUCUUUUUAAAGCUGAAAAUCUACUAUUUAUAUGAAAGGUACCACAUGUCACUAUGCUGAUUCAAACCGCAUAAAUUUGUGCAUUGGAUUCAAAUCUUGUUAAGUACAUGUGUGUGCAUAAUCAAAGAACAUAUAUGUAUGAGGCAGCGCCGGUCCAGUUGUGGUGAAGACCCCACUCAAGAAUUGGCUUCAGUUAGUGUAAACAUCGUAUAAAACAAUCAGUGAAAAUUUAGCAUUAAAAAAGAUUGGAUAAAGGCUUGAGCCUAUUUAGCAGCUGUUUAUGCUGCUUCCGCUGCAGGCCGGGUCUGGUAUGAAGUCAACUCGGAAGGAAAAUAGUGAAGCAAGGAAAUAAAGUAUAUCCUCAUAAAAAUUACCAUAUGAAGUUGAGAAUCUAUUGUUCAUAUGAAUGCUUUCCACGUGUCAUUAUUGAUUAAAAGAGAAUCGAAAUUGCGAGUACAGAUUCAAAUCUAAACCAUACAUGUAUGUAUAUUUAUACGAAACUAAUUUAUUAUAACUGUUGACUAAGAACAAGGAUGCCGAAAUUUGGAACAAAAGUAAUGAAAUAAAGUAUAUCCUCAUAACUGGUAUGAGGUCAACUCGGAAGGAAAAUAGUGAAGAAAAGAAAUAAAGUAUAUCCUCAUAAAAAUUACCAUAUGAAGUUGAAAAUCUGUUGUUCGUAUGGAUGCUUUCCACGUGUCAUUAUGGAUUAAAAGAGAAUCGAAAUUGCGAGUACAAAUUCAAGUCUAAACCAUACAUGUAUAUAUAUGUAUACCAAACUAAUGUAUUAUAACUGUUGACUAAGAACAAGGAUGGCGAAAUUUGGAACAAAAGUAAUGUUAGAACCCAGUGACUUUUCACUAUAUAAAGCCAAUGCACAAUGCAUCACCUCUCACACCCAAAAGUUUUCCUCUCUUCUAACAUAUAAAAAAAAUGUCUCAAUCAAACCAUGUCAGUGACGAAGUUACAAUACCUUUACUCCAAAACAUGCCUCUUCACGAGAAACUGUAUUUACUUAAAAAUUACUUUACUGAAGCAGUCUCAAUCGCCAUAAUCUUUUUCCCAUUUGUACUCACAUCUGUUUUCACUUACCUUCGCUCCUUAGCCUCUAUGCAUUUCCUAGGCGGUCUUGGUUCCUCUACUCUUGCUGGCUGCUCCCUCGCCCUUGCAUCCGCCAACAUUACCGCUUACGCUCUGUUCUCCGGCUUGACCGGGGGCGCCGAAACCAUCUGUUCACAAGCCAUCGGCGCAAAACGCUAUAACCUCUUCAGGGCAACCAUCUGGCGAGGAAUGAUCCUCCUCCUCUUCACAUCAUUCCCGGUUUUAUUUAUCUGGUUAAACAUCGAGAGGAUUCUGACAAUGUUGAAACAGGACAUGGAGCUUGCGUCCAUAGCUGGCACCUUUCUGCUUUACUCUGUUCCGGAUCUCGUCGCUCAAUCUUUAUUGCACCCAUUAAAAGCUUAUCUCAAGACUCAGUCAAAGACUCGGCCUCUAUCAAUCUUGACAGGAGUGACGAGUAUUCUCCACUUUCUGAUCAUGUACCUUUUCGUGUCCUACUUCAAGUUUGAGGUUAAAGGUAUCGCUGUGAGUAGUGUUUUGUCAAAUUUUAUCCUUGUGGCCUUUCUCUUCACUUUCUUGAAAGGAAAAAAGCUAGGUAGCGACGAUGAGGAGGAGGGGGUUACAGAGGAGUCAUAUGAAGAUAGAGUGAGAGAAUGGAAGAAACUGUUUUAUCUCGCGAUACCGAGUUGUGGAAUGGGUUGUCUCGAGUUUUGGUUCUAUGAGAUAAUGAUUUUGAUUUGUGGGCUUCUUGAAAAGGCCAAGGUAGCUAUUGCUUCAAUGGGACUUAUCAUUCAAAUCACUUCUCUUGUUUACAUUUUCCCUCAUUCGCUGAGCUCCGCAGUCUCGACUCGGGUCGGAAACGAGCUUGGUUCGAACCGGCCACAUGCAGCGAGAAGAGCCGCCAUCGUCGGACUCUGUCUCAGCAUUCUCCUCGGGAUCAUGGCUUCCACGUUCAUGUUCUCGGUCAGAAACGUAUGGGCUACGUUUUUCACGGAUGAUGAACAAGUCAUUAAUUUAGUUUCUAAGGUUCUGCCGAUAGUUUGCCUUUGCGAGCUAGGAAACUGCCCUCAGACGACGGUAGGUGGCGUUCUCAGAGGGUCUGCGAGGCCGUGGGUGGGAGCUUCGAUUAACGCAGCGGCGUUUUAUGCGAUUGGUUUGCCUGUUGCAUUGGUUAUGGCGUUUCCGUUUGGGUUUGGGUUUGGAUUAAAGGGACUUUGGCUCGGAAUGCUCGCAGCGCAGAUAACAUGUGUGAUUGGUAUGAUGGUGGCGAUGUAUAGGAUUGAUUGGGAACUUGAGGCAGAAAGGGCUAGGGAUCUCACAUCGUUGGAUGACUGCAGAAGCGACGGUGAGGUCGAGGAUGGGGAGGCUGGGCGGUUGAUUAGUAGGAUCGAGUCUUUUGAGGGAUAGAAGACGUACUCUGUUUGUUUCGGAUGUCUCUGAAGGGGGGAAAAGUGCUCUGUUUUUUAUAUUAUCGUCUUUUGAAUUUGUGUUACAAAGAAAAAAAAAGUCUUUUGAAUUUGUUGUUUUGUUUUGUUUUGAAUUUAUUGUUUUGUUUUUGGAUUUAAUGUUAACUUCUUGAUUUCAUCGAACUAAAGUAAAUUUUUGUAAGAUGGAAAAAAUAUAUAUCUGAGAAUUUGUCAUUACAAGUGUGGUGUGUUCAAAUAUUGGAGUAAAAUUAAAUGGGCUAUUGACUUUUUUCACCACCACUACCAAACUUCACUUUUUUUUUUUUAGGUCAACACUACCAAACUUUACUAUUAGUGACAAGCAGUUUAUAUACGUUGUAUCGGUGGUGAUCCGCAGCGCUUUUACCUUAUGCAGCCACGAGUUUGGAUUUAGAAAAAGUGGUAGAAAUUAUGAAUUUCAAACUUUCAUUCAGUAUCAAUAUAUUAAAACUGAAAUACAAAUAGAAACUAACAGUUAAAACAUUUUUUUUAAUUAUAUCUAAUGUCAUUCCUUUGUUACUUUUAGACAUAAUUAAUGUUAAUAAAUAAAUUUACAAAAUACAUAAUAAAUGACAGUUUCCAUAAAAAUUAUAUGCGUAUUAAGAAAUUGCCAAAUAUUUAGCUACCAAAUAGAAGAUUGCAAUAUUUCAUUUCUAAAAAAAAUCUAAAAUAUAGAAGUCAACUUUGCAAUUAUGUGCGUAUUAAGAAAUUGCCCACUUUUUUUUUUGAACACAAACAUUGAAUGAAAGAAAAAGUGGGAGAUGAAUUAAAUUAUAAUAUUUGUGUUCCAAAAAAAAAGAAUUAAACUAUAAUAUUACUUUAUUGGUAUAUCAAAAAUUAAAUGAUCAGAUUAAUAAAUGGAAAUGAAAAACUUCAAUACGGAUCCGGGUUCGAAUCCGGAUGGCCACCGUCGAUUAAAAAGAGGUGAAAAAAGAUACCUUAUGCGGAAGUGUACUUAGGCGCUAAUCGGAUAACCUGGAUUAACAAAAAAAAAUGAAAAACUUCAAAAGAAAUGUUAACCAUCAAAAUCGUUUAAAUUUUCAGAUC